AUUUACUAUUUUUCACUUCGAGAACUUAACCUUUGUGUGUUUGGGGAAUGGUUUUAUGAUUUAAAGCCAUUUACUCAUCCUGUUUUCCGAGCGUUUUUCUCCAACGUUUUCACGAGGCCGCGGAAGAUGGCGCACUUCUCGUCCAGUCUGGUUUUACUUGUGGCCAUUUCCAAUGCAUUUGAAUUUGGACACGUUGCUGGCUUGGGCCACCGUGAGCUGGCUGUUCUGUCUCCGAGAGAGAUGGCCAUCAGAGAUGACAGCCUUCGCAGCCAGGAAGGACCUGCAGUCCGUGCUCGCUCUUUGCAGAUGGUGCCUUCCGUGGGGAUACAGAGCACUAAGUUGCUUAAUAAAACCUGCUGCCUGAAUGGAGGGACCUGCAUCCUGGGGUCCUUCUGCGCCUGCCCACCUUUCUUCUAUGGACGCAACUGUGAGCGUGACGUACGAAAAGAGCACUGUGGGUCUGUCCUCCAUGGCACCUGGCUGCCCAGGAAGUGCUCCCUGUGCAGGUGCUGGCUCGGCCAGCUCCACUGUUUUCCUCAGACCUUUUUACCUGGAUGUGAUGGUCAUGUGAUGGACCAGGAUCCCCCAGCAUCCAGGACUCCAGGACGAGCACCCUCUGUGCCUACCACUUUCAUGCUAGCUGGCGUUUGUCUUCUUCGGGAAAUGAAAGUGUAGGUGUUGGG